CUGAUUUUAACAACUCAGAGCUUCUGUGGCAUUGUAAUGCAUGGGUAAGAUUUUGCCAUCGUUACAGAAAUCUAUGCAUGCUCGGUUACUGUGUGUAAGCCGAACCGUGAAGUCUGUCAUGGAUGAGAAAACAGUUAGCAAGUAUCUUAAAAAUCUUUAAAAAAGAAAAAGAAAAAAAAGAAAGACCAUAAAAUAAAUUUCUUGAUAGAUGGUGAAUUAAAUUAUAGACAAAGAUCCAGUCAAAAUAAUACUCAUGAAGAGUAGAAUUAUGACAUUUGAGUGGAAUUAGUUCUAACAGAGGUGAAACCGUGAAACCUGCUCUGAAAAUGCAUUAUUAAGUGGUCAUUGGUGUGGGGAAAUGGAUGACAAUGACAAAUCUUAUCAGUUGAACAUGCUACAAUAGGAAUAAGCUUAACAUUGCGAGCCCGUGACUCUCACGGCCUGUGAUGCAUGGUAUCACUCUAUACAAAAAACAGGAAUUUACACAUCACUCAGGCAUGGUGAAAUGACUUCUAAAUGUACGUCUUAUCCAUCCAAGGUCAUGACUAGCAGGUGUUCUGCAGCACUUAAUUUAGAAUUGCAUGAAGGAUGUAUAAAUUGUAAUUGUUGUUUUAUGGAUCAAAUAGCCCAACUACCCAAGAUUCAAAGGUUUUAUUAGAAGGCAUCAAGCUUAAAACAGGAUGGCUGAAAAGGAAAAGAAAGGACAUAAAUGAGUUUUCACAUGAGAGAGAGAGAGAGAGAUACUUUUCUUAGAAGACAAGGUACAUGUUACCUUUGGAAAAAGCUCCAAGUUAUCCAAGAAAUAUUUGGGUUCCCACUAAAAUGUGCAACACAAGUUAUCAAACUCUGACAGGUAAUGUUUCUUUAACUACAAAAGCUCAUUAGCCCCAAUUAGAGGCUGAGGUUGCAUUUCAAGUAAUGCAAAAAUUUGAAGUCAUGACUCAUUACCAGAGUUUUGCCUUUGCGGCUGAUGACCCUUGUAGCUUCAAACUUCCCAAUACCUUCAAAGAGGAGAAGCGACUUAUUCCAUCACAAGUUAUGACUUCUAUUAACCACCUUCUUCUCCACCAGCACCUCCACCUGCUUCCUUCCUUCUUCUAUCUUGCAGGGCCAUGGAAGAUUGGAACUUAAUCGCUGCGGACUGCGUCGUCGUAUCCUGUUGCUGCCAAUGCCUCAUCAUACAAAUUCUGAUUUUCUUGUUGCUCCGGCUUCCCCACAAAGUUAUUCGGAAAGCAAAAGGAUAUGCGAAGAAGCUUCGACAGGGAAAGAGAGAAAAGAAAACAGAAAGAGAAAAUAGUAGAUACAGAGAUGAAAUCUCAGGAGUUCAUGAGCAGUCCCUAAGAUUCCAGGUGGAGGGGCUUCUGAGGGAUGAGUGCAAUGGGUGUGGGUGUUGUAUGGAGGAAGUUGAGAGGGUGUUGGAGGAGUUGUCCCUCAAGGGAGAGUUUGGGUUUGGAAGCUUUUGGGGAAGGAAGGAAUCUGAAAGCUCACCAACAUGCAUAGCCAAAGAGAGAUUUGAUCAUGAUUUUGUGCAGUAUCAUUUGAUUGAAAUGUUUGGUCCAAUCAGCUGCCCAUAGCAUGUGUAUAUAUUUUAGUCAGGAAUUAUUUGUUCUUGGUUAAUGAAAUCAUGAAAUCAGUUGAUUUUGGUA